AUGGUAUCAAACAACUGGUAUUCAGUAUUGAUUAAUGGGAAAUCUCAUGGCUUUUUUAAGUCAUCAAGGGGUUUGAAGCAAGGUGAUCCACUCUCUCCAACACUGUUCAUAAUAGCUGCUGAGGUUUUGGCCAGAAAUUUGAAUGACUUGCAUGAUGAUCCAGCAUUCAAGGGAUAUGGUAUGCCAAAGUGGAGUCCUCAGAUCAAUUAUAUGUCAUAUGUAGAUGACACAAUCUUAUUUUGCUCAGCAGAUCCUGUUUCUUGGAGAAAGACGAGGAAAGUGCUAAGAAACUAUGAGAAAGUGUCAGGUCAGCUGGUAAAUAAUGAGAAGAGUUCUUUCUACUUGCAUGAAAAGGUCCCAGCAACUAUUGUUAGAGUAAAAAGGAAAACUGGGAUGAGCAAAGGAACUUUUCCAUUUACAUACUUGGGAUGUCCAGUCUUCUACGGAAAAAGAAAGAUAGUGUACUAUGAAGGUUUAAUAAAAAAGGUGAUGAAUAGAGUAAUGUCUUGGCAAAACAGGCUACUGUCAUUUGGUAGAAGGUAUAUUUUGAUUGCUCAUGUUCUGCAGACUAUGCCAGUUUAUCUGUUAUCUGCUACAAAUCUAUUAAAAGGGGUGAUUGAGCAGCUGCACAAGAUUUUUGCCAAAUUCUUUUGGAGUAAUACUACAAGAGUUAAAGGAAAACACUGGGUUGCAUGGGAGAAGAUGUGUUUAGCAAAAGAGAAGGGAGGUCUUGCAUUUAGAUCUCUACAUGGUAUCUCAAAAGCUCUUUUUGCAAAACUGCGUGGAACUUUAGAACAUCAGUGUCAUUAUGGGGUGCUUUCAUGGUUAACAAGUACUACAAGGGGCAUUGUUUUUUUGGAUAAUGAGCACAACUUAGAAGAUGAGAAUGAAGUUAAGGAAUAUAUUCUGAAUGGAGAAUGGGAUCAGCAGAAAUUAACCUCAGUUUUGUCAAGUGAAACAGUGGAAUACAUUGUGGAAAAUAUCAGUCCUGCUUUAAUGGAGGCUGAUAAUGAUAAGGCCUGGUGGAUGGGGGAAAACAGUGGUCAAUUCUUUGUUAAGUGCGCAUGGGAAGCGGUAAGGCAAAAACAAGAAGCCAGAUCAGUGUAUAAAUUCAUAUGGUUGAAGGGCAUGCCAAUAAAGAUCAGCUUCUUCUUGUGGAGACUAUGGAAAGGGAGAAUUUCCACUGAUGAUAAUCUAAAGAGGAUGCAUAUCAGUCUUGUAUCAAGAUGCUGGUUUAAACAUAGAAGGGCUGCACCUGCAGCAAGUCAUAACACUUUGGUGGAUAGCUCCUGCAUCACACAAGUUACAUACCAUCUUUCAAGCCACUUCUUCUAUCCUAGUAUGGGAAAUAUGGAAAAGGACAAAUUCUAUCAAGCAUGGCAGGAAUACUACAUACAGCAGAAUGGUGUAUCAAGUUUAGCAGGCCAUAUAUCAGCUGGUUCAAGUGAAAUAUCCAUGGAUGAGGAGGCUUCCACCAGAUUAGCCUUCUAUAGUGGAGAUGAAGCCUUGGCUUAUAUUGUGUGA